AUGGAAGGAGUUCAGACUGUGGACGUGAGCUGGCUUCAUCAUUCACAGAAAGAUCAUUUAUCUCGCACAAAGUCAGUAUCAGCGAGCGAUAAGCCUGGCACAGAGACAGAGCCACCGACGUCGCAAUCCAAGUCGCAUCGGAGAUCUCGUUCCAACAGCAACCCGGCACGCCCAACACCGACUCCCUCCACCUCAGAACCGAAGCAAGCUCCCCAGAAUGAUACAGCGCCAGUACAAGCGAAACCACCACCGGUUGAGAAGAACGAGGAGCAAAAGCCAUCUACACCAUCACCAGCAUCGCGGAAGACGGACCCCAAACCCAUCGGACGACGAAACUCGUGGAUCUCCAGUCUAAGCUCGAAGUUUUCUUCUGGAUCUACCCCACCGUCGCAACCUAGUCUGAAGGCCAGUCCUGCGAGCCCGAAAACAACAUCACCUCUCGAGACGCAUAACCCGUUCGGCGCCGCCUACUCCCCGAGGGACAAAGAAGAAGAAAGGAAAGACGAUUCCAAUCCCUUUACUUCGUCAUCACCCAAGGGGCCCUCAUUUAUUCACAAUGCACUGCGCAAGUUUUCAUCCAACUCGGGUGGGUUGCCCAAGUUGAAUCCCAAUGGCUCGAUAUGCCCACGUCGCGUGAUGAACAUCGACCAAAAUCGGCAUCGAUGCAAGAUUGCGGACUUGAACCAGGCCAAGCUCAACCGCGUAGCGUUCUGUGUGGACGUUGAAAUCGCGGGCAUCUCCCAUCGAGACGACGACGAGGAAGCUCCCCCAACCAAUCAAUUACGGCAGCCUCUACCUGAGUCUAAUAGCUACAAGUCAAAGAAGGCUGAUCUGAAAUCGAAGGAACAAGAUGAAGCGGAAGCUUUGAAGCAUCCCCAGGCUACAUUGGUUGAGAAGGAUAGCGCGUCUCCUGCUCCAGCUCCGGUUCCAGCUCCGGCCACCGGCGAUGCGAAGGUCGAGUCUAGCUCUCCUCCGACAAAUACCACCAGCAGCCAGCCAUUUACCGAUCCCAGUCCCAGUGUGGAAGGGGUUGAUCCAACAAGGAAACAAGAGAAAAAGAAAAGGUCCGAGGCCGAGCGGAAAGAACGGAAGGAGAGAAAGCGAAGACAAGCAGUCGCGAAUGGUUCUGUUCCAUUGCAACUCGACGCAGAGAAUGACGAAGAGUAUUCACGAGGUUCAGCACCAGCACCAGGUGUCUCUCGGGUCAAAACGCAAAGUCACCCGACAACCGAUCCAGUGCGUAUCUAUCGCCGUUGUUGCCAGCUACGUGAGACGCCUGUUCUCAAGAGAGUGGUUGACGAAAUAUCCAAGCCUUCAUCAACACUGGCCGAGUCACCUGGCACGGUAGCAGCUUUGGAUUUGAGCAAUUUCCCCAUGACCUCACAGGAUUGGACAACAUUCAGCGAUUGGCUCGCGGUCGUUCCAGUCCGUAAACUCAUCCUCGAAAACUGUGCAUUGGCGGAUACUUCAGUCCGAGCCAUUCUUGCGGCCCUACUUUCUACCAAGACGGUAGAGCAGAUGCGCUAUCGACGGAGACGAUCGCGAAGACCAGAAUCUCCAGACACCAAUGACCAUGAACGAUACGGUGUUGUGGAAAAGCUUUCUCUAAAGGACAAUCCGAAGAUCGGACGGGAAGGAUGGCGCCACAUCAGCCUUUUUAUUCACCUGUCAAAAUCCUUGAAAGCUAUCGAUUUGUCGGGUAUUCCUUUCCCUCAAGGCCAGGUUGCGAUCGAUGGUUCUGGGACAACGGGCCAACCCCAGUCGCCUAUGGCCGACGUGAGCAUUAUCUUCGCGAGCGCCCUGGCAGAGCGCUUUGCCGAGGAUCAUCUUGAAGAACUGCUUAUGAGCGAGUGUUAUCCUUCUGUCGACGCUGUAAAGCAGAUCUGCCAGGCGACCACCAAAAUGGGUCUGCGAAGACUUGGCUUUGCUAACAAUGGUCUGACAAGAGAGGGUCUCGAGCAUGUGAUCGAGUACCUCAAAGCCGGACAGUGCGAAGGACUGGAUCUAGGUGGCAACGCUAUAAAAGAUGAUCUCGAUCUUGUCACGGAUGCGAUUGAACCUGAAACACCGCUUUAUGCGCUAAGUCUAGCGGAUUGCUCCCUCAACCCGUCGGUGAUUUUCCCAUUGCUUCAAUCGCUUGCGCAGAUUCACAACCUCCGGUUCAUCGAUUUCUCUCACAAUCGCGAGUUAUUCUCGUCGCAGCCUACCGCGCUGGGAGCUUUCCGUCGCUUCUUACCAAAAAUGCCGUCUUUGAAGCGCUUUCACCUCGCUGAUGUCAACCUGUCACCGGAUCAUGUCAUUGGUCUUGCUGAGGUAUUGCCGGAGUGCCCCAGUCUGUGUCAUCUGAACAUUCUGGAGAAUCAACAGAUCAUGGAUUUGGCAUCUACCACAGACUCCGUUGCUCAGGAAGAAGCAUGUGCUGUGUAUGCGUCCAUGAUGGCAGCUGUUCGUGUUUCACGGACAAUCAUUGCAGUCGAUAUCGAUGUUCCCAGUGCAGAAAACAACGAAGUUGUCAAAGCUCUAGGAUCACAGAUUGUGGCUUACUCGCUGCGGAAUCUUGAAGGCGGCGCCAUUGCAGAAGAGCUUUCUGACUCUCCUUCUCCACUCGGGGAUAUCCCUGUACCAGACAUUCUACAGCAUAUUGUCGGACACUCUGGUAUUUCCGAGGAGCCUUAUGAUGAUGAUGAUGAGGCUGCUCCCGACGAGGAUUAUGUUAUUGGUGGCACAGGUGUUGUCAAAGCAUUGGGUGUUUGUCUCGGGAAUCUGGACCAGCACGGUCUCGAUGUUCUUGGGGAGCAAUCUUUACCAGCCAGUGGUACCACAACACCCCGACGUCGCAAGUCUCGAGGUGUUCCUACCAAGCGGCCUCGCGACAUGUCGAAGAACCUACUGGAAUCCGCGCGCAAUAUCAGAGUCCGGAUCCAGUCGGCUCUUAUUCGGGAAGAUCGUGCUGGUAAUGACGCGAAUUAUCGCCGUCUGCAAUUUUUGGACAUGACCUUGCAUAGGAUGAUCCAACGCUUUGAGGAUGAAUACCCAGAAACUCGUAUUAUUCCUCAACUCCCGCCCGCUGUUCCUGUCCCCGACACCAUCUCCCAACAUUCUGGUGAUGACGAUGGAAGCGGCUCCUUCGCUGCUGACGGUAAUCUGAACAGCAGUCAGCUUGACGAGACUGGCGGCGACGAGGAAGACGCCGAUCAAUUUGCCGUUCGCCUUUCUCGCACCAGCUCCAUGACUUCCCUCCACUCUCGGGCCAUGACCUCCCAAGAAGGACACAUCCACCGCAUCGGCCAGAACCUCCGCCGCGAUUUCCUCAAGCCGUCUCUGGUUCCCGGCGAGCGCGACGAGGAUCUCGACUACGAAGAUGAUAAUUCGCGUAUUGCCGCUCUCCGGCAAAAGCUUGACCUCCUUCACGAUGAGCAAUCUCUGUCUCAAUUUGAUGACUUUGACGCCGACAUGGCCUUUAACCAUCUCGGCACCACCGUCGAUGAACUCUAUGCUGCUCAGCAGCAAGACGCCGAAGGAUUCGAGCGCUUCAAGCAGUCCCAGAUUGCCGCCCAGAUCAACAGCGGUAUUCGUCCCAGAGACAAGGUAGAACCCAGGACAGGCUGUGAUGAAUCAGAGAGCAAGUCCUAA